AUGCAAGACAAUGCAACAGAUCGUAUAAGCCGGAAAGGCCCACGUUUAGCUUCCAGACCUCCAACACCUGGUGUCUUAAGUCGAGGGAUUGGUCUUGAAGGUGUUUCUAGCAUUUUGGCUGGUCUUUGGGGCGUAGGAACUGGCUCCACAACUUUGACUGAGAAUGUGCAUACUAUUGCUGUUACUAAAAUGGGAAGUUGGAGGGCAAUCGAGUUAGGUGCAUGCGCUUUAAUUGUCCUAUCGCUUAUAGGUAAAGUUGGGGGGUUUAUUGCAUCAAUCCCCCAAGUGAUGGUUGCGGCUCUAUUGUUCUUUAUGUGGGCAAUGCUCACAGCAUUGGGUUGUCAAAUCUUCGUUAUAGCGAGGCAGGGAGUUCAAGGAACUACAUCUCCAAACACGAACUUGUCCGUCCUGAGUUACUUUCAGCCAUAUACGGCGGCUUCUCAUGGUCCGAUUCACACCAAAUUUUCAGGGCUCAACUAUGUUCUGAAUACGUUGUUGUCACUUCACAUGGUGAUUGCAUUCCUAGUAGCCAUCAUCCUUGACAACAUGGUUCCGGGCAGUAGACAGGAACGUGGGGUGUACGUGUGGUCCGAACCUGAGACUGCAAGAAGGGAGCCUGCUGUAGCUAAAGACUAUGAGUUACCUUUAAAGACUCAUCGGAAGCAAUGUACUGGGUCCAGUAAAUCAUCUGAUCUAGAACAAAGCAUCUCAGGUUCGUGUACCGCUGCUUAA